AUGAAAAAGUUAAUACUUGUACUUGGCGGUUCUACUUUCAUGGGAAAGGAAUUAUUGUAGGACCUUUCUUAGAAUGAGUCAUAUGAAGUUCACUUUAUAAAUAGAGGGAAAAAUUAUUGGAACAAUGCAGUAAAUCAGAUAAAGAAUGCUUAUUAUACAUACGGUAAUCGAGAGGAUACAAAUGAUUUUACUACUUUGAUAAGGUAUCUCUCAAAAAAACUCGGGGUUGGAGUUAAUGGUAGAAUUUGGGAAGCUGUUGUUGAUUUCUCUGCAUUUUACAGUAGUUAAGUGAAAUCUGUGUAUGUUGCUUUAAGAGGAUUGUGCAAUUUAUACAUAUUUAUAUCAACUGAUUCAAUAUAUGAUGUAUGCAAGAUAAGAAAAAUUCCAAUAACAGAAGAUUAGGAUCAAAGAAAAGAAUUAACAGAAUCGUAAAAGAAGGGAGAGAGUUAUGGCCAUAAUAAAUUGAAAUGCGAAGAGUUUCUAUAAAAUUAUGUAAUCGAAGGUUCAUUUAGAUAUGUCAUUUUGAGACUUCCAGAUGUUAUUGGGCCUUUUGAUGAUUCUGGAAGGUUUUUCGCUUUAGUAAAAUGGCUUCAAUAAAAUGACAAGCAUCCUAUUUAAGUGGAUUAAGCUGUGCAAUCAGAAUAAAUUAGUCUUGUAUUUAGCACAGAUGUUGUGAAUUGCAUUAAAUAUUUCAUUUAAAAUAUUCCAUAAUAAAAUUAAAUUUAUAAUGUUUGUUUUGAUGAGACAAUUUCAUAUAUUGAAUUAACUUAGGUGAUACUUGAUAAAAUAUCACAAAAAUAACUCAAUAUCAAACAUGUAGUAGAAGCGAGCAAAUUCUAUCCUUCAGUUGAUUGUGGAAUUAUUAGCAAUAAAAAAAUCAAGGAAUUGGAUAUAAAAUUCACUCCUUUGAUAACAGCUUUGGAAAAGACCAUUGAGUUUUUUAUGAAGGAAGCAUCAAAUUAUGAAGCAGAAAACAAGGCUGCUCUUGAAAAGCUUAAUAGGAAAUUAAAUGCUUGA